UCCAGGUUCCUCCCUGCAAGAGGGGGAAGGGGGUUUUCGUCUCCUCUGCAGGAGCUGCCUCAGUUUCCCUUCAGGGACCUGGAUUUGCUAAAACCUCUCAUUAUGACAGGCAGAACUUGGCAGAAGAUGUAGGGAAUUCCUUUGAUUUCUUGGAGGUGUCCUGAGAACAGAGAUGGAAGAGCAAGAGUCAGCUGGGCCUGAAGCAGGAAGACUUCAUUCCAUCCAAACUCUUAGCCAUGGAGGAUUCUGGGGGAAGUCUGUCCAAAGGAUCCUGGGUGAGGAGGACACCCACCACUCAGAUGUGCAGAUCCAGCAUCUGGGGCGGUUUUGCUACCAGGAGGCCAAAGGACCCCGAGAGGUUUGCAACCGACUCUACCACCUUUGCCGUCAGUGGCUGAAACCAGAAACCCACACGAAAGCUGAGAUGCUGGACCUGGUGAUCUUGGAGCAGUUCCUGACUGUCCUUCCCCCAGAGAUGGAGAGCUGGGUGAGGGAAUGUGGAGCGGAGACCAGUUCCCAGGCGGUGGCCCUGGCCGAAGGUUUCCUCCUGAGUCAGGCAGAGGAGAGAAAGCAGGGGAAGGAUCAGGUUCCAGAAAUGGGUCUGGAUUCGUCUCAGGUAGAGGGAACUCCGUUGGACUCCAGAGACAGGCCACUUGGUAAGGAGGAAGGAGUUUUUUCUCCAUUUUGUGGAUGUUGA